AUGGCGCGCGGCGGCGCGAGCGCGGCCGAGGAGAGCGACAGCGCGAGCGACGCGCAGUCGCCGCCGAUGGUGUACCCGACGGAAGCGGCGGCGUACGAGCUGAUCGAAGAGAUUGGACGGGGCGUGAGCGCGACGGUGUGGCGAGCGAAAUGCUUGAAAAACGAUGAGACGGUGGCGGUGAAGGUUUUGGAUCUCGAGGAACACGAACCCGAGCACCUGGACGAGAUACGAAGAGAGGCGCAGACGAUGAGCAUGCUGAGUCACCCGAAUCUGGUGAAGUAUCACUGCUCGUUCGUGAACGAGACGUCGCUGUGGGUGGUGAUGCCGUACCUCGCGGGCGGUUCGGCGUUGAACCUGAUGAAGUGGUCGCACCCGAGUGGUUUCGACGAACCUAUCAUCGCAUGCAUCGUCAAGGCGGCGUGUAAGGCGCUGGAUUACUUUCAUCGAAAUGGCAAUAUUCAUCGCGACGUCAAGGCUGGGAACAUCUUGGUCGAUGAGGACGGGACGGUGAAGCUGGCGGAUUUCGGCGUGAGCGCGUCGUGUUGGGGUUCUGGCGGUCGCCCUCGUUCGCAUCAAACCUUCGUCGGCACGCCGUGUUGGAUGGCGCCCGAGGUCAUGGAGCAAGAGCAUGGGUAUGAUUUCCACGCUGACAUCUGGUCGCUCGGAAUCACGUGCUUGGAGCUGUGUCACGGCCAUGCUCCAUUUUCCAAGUAUCCGCCGAUGAAGGUGCUCUUGAUGACGCUCCAAAAUCCCGCUCCCACGCUCGAAGAGAGCGCCGAGGAUGGUCGAUCCUUCUCUCGACACCUUCGCGAGUUUGUCGGUCUCUGUCUGCAGAAGGAUCCGUCCAAGCGCCCGACGGCGAGCAAGCUCUUGGAGCACAAAUUCUUGAAGGAUGCGAAGAAAGCCGACUGGCUCGCCAAGACUCUCUUGGACAACAUUCCUUCUCUGGGCGAGCGCACUCAACGUCUCGCCGAGCGCGACGCCCGUCGAAGAGCCGAAUCAAAGGUUGGAGAGGAACAGCGCGAAGCGGCCUCGGCCGAGGCGUACAAGCACGGAGUCUCCAACUGGAACUUUGACAUGGCUGAUCUCAAGGCGCAGGCGGCGGCGCUUGACGAUCCUGUGGUCGCCGAAUCCGAGGCCGUCGCCGCGGCGAACGCGCUAGAAAACAUGCAACUUGGCGACAAACCGAACGUGGAGAGGAAGGGACGCUUCGAGAUCAUCACCGAAGACGUCGCACCGGAGCGCUCAGAGGCUUCACAAACGGUGCAACGACGUGGACGGUUCGACAUCAUCGACGAGGGUGGUGCGCGCGGAAGUCGAAGCACGUCUCCUACUCGAGCGAGCUCUCCCGCGGGUGGUGAGCGUCGUGGGACCGCCAAGCCGGUUCAAAAGGGUAGAUUCACAGUCCACUCGGAGGCGCCUGCUGGAAUGCACUUGAACACCUUCGCCGACGUUGUGCAGUCCAUCGGCUCGGUGCACGGCGUCCUUCGUGAUCUCUAUGCCCAGGCCCAGACUCAGUCAAACGUGGUGGAGGAAUUAAGAGAAGAGAACGCCCGUCUCCGCGCUCGAAUCGCCGAGCUCGAGCGUUAG